AUGAGAAAAGCCCAGGCAUGUGCGCCGCGGUGUUGUAUUCAACGUUCGUGUUCCCCUUUAGUACACUCUGCCCCUGUGUGUGAGCGUCUUUCCUCACCCCUACUCGCUGCUUACACCCGUCGUGCAGGCUCGCCGGAAGAGGUCUGCAAGGGCACGGUGGUGGCGGCGCAGCUCAGCGUCCGGGCCGCUGCAAGCAACAGCCACAACAGCACUGGCAUGUCACAGCCACCGCAGCUGUGUCGCUGUAGUGGCGCAGGCACUGCUGUUACUGCCCGUCUCUACACGGGUGCGGCGUCUGCAGCUCUCUGUUGA